UUAAAUGAGUAAAGUAAAAGGUUGGCGUAUCAAUAUCGUGUUGCUUAGUGGCGCAGUUUAGAAGUUGGUAACGCAUCAGCUGUUUCAUACAGCUCUCAUCGCAAUUUUUUCUGUUUUCCCGCAAAACGACUACUUUCCUUGCAAUGAAUCCACAACACCAUCCUCAAUCGGAGCCGGACCUUCCGGUUCCACCCCUCGCUUCUCUCCGGAUCCAACCCACGUCGCCACGUGUCCCGUUGACCGUUACUCCUACCACUGGUGCCCAACGUCGCAUCGCCAUCGCCGUCGACUUGAGCGAUGAGAGCGCUUACGCCGUCCGAUGGUCUGUUCAGAACUACCUUCGUCCCGGAGACGACGUGAUACUCCUCCAUGUCCGUCCGACGUCCGUCCUUUACGGAGCCGACUGGGGUUCCGUCCAAGUCCAAACCAUCCCUAACUCCACAACUAAUCACGAAAAUGCCACCGCCGACGAAGAGUCGCAGCAGAAGCUCGAGAACGAGUUCGACCUUUUCACGACGACGAAAGCGAACACUCUGGCGCAGCCGUUAGUGGAUGCUCAGAUUCCGUUUAAGAUUCACAUAGUGAAAGACCAUGACCUGAAAGAGAGAUUGUGUUUGGAAGUGGAGAGGUUAGGGCUGAGUGCGGUGAUCAUGGGCAGCAGAGGGUUUGGAGCCGCUAGGAGGACCAGCAAAGGAAGGCUUGGAAGUGUUAGUGAUUAUUGCGUCCACCACUGUAUUUGUCCGGUGGUGGUGGUGCGGUACCCCGAUGAGGAGGAGACCGGAAAAAAGAAGAUUGCCGGAGAAGAUGCGGAGCUGCAGCCGGUACCGGAAGAGGAACUUGAGUAUUAUGAUGCGGAGGAGGAGCACAGAGAUACUUUAUAUGAAUCAGAAUGAGAAGUGCUUACUGAUCCAGGGUUGAUUGGUGUGCUCAGAUUGCAGCCAAGGGUGAUGAAAGCUAAAACAAAAUGUGAAAUGUGGUAGCAAAGAAGCGUUGAGAAUCUAGUGUUUGUGUGGAGCUGGGAUUUGAAUGCUUUGUAUAGAUGGAUAGGAAUAGGCCUAGGGCAGUUACUUUUCUUUCUCUCUUUUCACUUUUCAGUGUACUUUUCCUCUUAGUUGCCUGCCUACCACAAUUUACUUCUCAUUUCUCGUGUAUGUAAUCUAGUUUCCUUGUCAACUAGUUAUAAGCCUUUUUUUGAGGAUUACCAACUAUUUUGUAUUCAUUUGUAAUUAGACUUGUUUAUGAGCUGAGUUAUCCAUCUAAAUCUAAAGGUUUGUUUAAAA